AUGUCGGGGUUCUCCAGCGCGGCCGCGCGCACCCAAGAGGCCGUGCACUUGCGGCACCCCGCGUCCACGCUCUCGCGCAACCCCUCGACUGCCACCACCGGGUGGAUGCACAGAUCUUUCUGCCGUUUGCCUCAGGCGGCCGCUUCCCCAGCAGCUCUCGUCCCUUCCGCGCACCCAUCGCCUGGCGUCACCUCCGCGACAAGAUCCAAGCUAUGCGACUCGGCCGCAUGCCCGCCGCAAACGCCCUCUCGCGCCGUCGACGAAAGCCGACCUCUUGCGCUUGAUUCGCCCAAGACCCUCUCAAUCGCGGGCGCUUCGAGAUGGUUGAGUGUGGCAGGCGGACAAACGGGUUUAGGAAUGGGGACGGGCGGAGUGAGGAGGCGGAGCGCGGUCAAUGGCGCGGGAGGCGGUGGAGAUGAUGGCAGCGAAACCGACGGUCAGGGCGGCGAGUUGCCACCGGCAGCUGUGGCGGUGGAGGGAGAAGCGUCGGGUGACGUGGCUGACGCGGCUGAUACGUGUGAGUGUUUCUUCCCCUUGCUCACUCCGCUCGCGGCCACGUCGCCGCCCGUUGCGUGUCACGAUCCCUCUUCACCCAUCACCCACCCCCCUCCUGGGACACUAUGGGACACUUCUCCGUCCGCUCCCAACCAUUCCCCUUCCGCCCCCAACCCUCCCGCUUCGCCCUUCCAAUCCCCCGCGAACCCGCCAGCGCCGCCCGCGACCAUUGCGCCAUAUCUGGCGACGGUGCAGGGCCCCGCGGACGCCGCGCACCACCGCCACCUCUACGCCGCGCACCACCGCCACCUCUACGCCGCGCACCACCGCCACCUCUACGCCGCGCACCACCGCCACCUCUACGCCGCGCGCGGGGUGGUCUACCAGUGGCUCGGCGACCCUGCACUCCGGGCUGUCAGGAGGCGACGCGUGGCACCCGGAGAAGCGCGUGGUGAAGGUGAGCGUGUUGGUGCGCGAGGCGAGCUGCACCUCUCCCGCGUCGCCAAGGAGCGCAAGCGCGCGCUGCUGGGGCGGCGCUACAACACCCACCGCGACGAGCUCACCAUCGUCAGCGAGAG